AUGAAUCCCUGGGAUGGAAGCAACAAUGACGGAAUAACAGAAAUGCUUAAUCAAAUGGCGGUCCAGGUGCAACAAGAACACAACUGUACAUUUCUACAAGCAUGCCAGUAUGUGACAGAGUGGUACCAAAAACACAUGACUAAAACGUCAUGUCGCACUUCUAUACUGACCGGGAAUGCAUGGAUAUCCGAACUAUAUGCGGGCCAUAUGAGCCGAUUUGAGGAAAACGUGUCCAUGCCGAAGGAAGUUUUUGUUGCCCUGUGUCAGACAUUAGUAAAUGAUUUUGGGUUACAAGUCCCGCAACGUCCACAUGGUUUAGCUGUUGAAAAAAGCGUUGCAAUGUUUAUCCAUGUGUUGAAAGGGAAGCAAAAUCGGGAAAUCCAAGAACGGUUCCAACAUUCGGGGGAGACUGUGUCUCGACACGUGCAUAACGUAUUAACUUCCACGAAGGAGUUCACUGUUGUUCAUUACCGGCCCACAUACAAUCAGCAUCAUAUACAUCCAUACGUGCGGUUUAGACGGAAAUACCUACCGUUCAAGGACUGCAUUGGCGCAAUAGACGAAACACAUGCAAGUGCAUGGGUUACCGGGCCAGAUGCAGCAACAUAUUUCGGUAGGAAAUACUGUCACACGCAAAAUAUCAUGGCCGCAGUCGAUUUCGACAUGUGUUUCAUAUUCAUUUCGUGCGGAUGGGAAGGAAGUAUACAUGAUAGUCGCAUAUUCAACGAGAUACUAACAAAUGACAAUGUCCCAUUCCCACAUCCUGACGAAGGGAAAUAUUAUCUUGUCGAUUCUGGUUAUCCAAACCGGACAGGUUACUUAGCACCAUUCAAAGGGCACCGUUACCACCAACAAGAAUUUCGACGUAUUGCAUGGAACAGGACGGCAAACACACCAAGGGAAUUAUUUAACCAAGUGCACUCGUCCUUACGCAGUGUGGUGGAACGCACUUUCGGUGCCUGGAAAAAUCGAUGGGGGUUUAUUCGAGACAUACCUCGAUAUGACUUUGCAAAUAUGCAAGUUCAGUUAGUAGCUGCGUCAAUGGCAUUACAUAAUUAUAUACGGCGCAACACAGGUAACCCAACAACUGUUCACCCAAUCUGUGACGAGGAAGAGGCUAUGACAAUAGUAAAUGACAUACCAGAAGUUGAACAUGACGAGGAUGGUUUAAUGGUUGGGGACGAGGACCCGCAUAUAGCAUUGGUGCGCCUUCACAUACGCGACAAAUUAUGUUACAUGCGUAAUAACGGAGUGUUAGGAAAUAUAUAA